UCAAAAUGACAGAAGGACGAUCCACCUGAAACCUCGUGAGCCCCGUCAUUCUCUCUUUCGCAAUGUGGCCGGUGCAUCUGAACCCAACAAAGUAAAUCGUGUCAUCGCUGGUCCUCACGACACCACAGGACAUGGAAAACAAGCACCGACCGUUGCUUCUACCACAGCAGUUCCUCACGGUAACAUCCGACUCGCUCCACGCAAAGCUAGUAAGGUGGAGGAUGCGAAGCCGACUCCAACGCCCGCACCGGCUGUGGCUUCCCCAGAAAGUGCAAAAGGUGAUACAAAUCAUCCGCUGGACGGGCGUAGUCUCGAGCGGAAAGCGGCUAUCCAGAGAGAGAGAGCGAGAAGGCUCGUGGAACAGAAUAGAAUGUUCGCUUCUAGGAAGCUCUCUCUCGUCCUCGAUUUGGACCACACCCUCCUCAAUUCAACAAAGUUUGUAGAUGUGGAUCCAAUGCAGGAAGAGCUUUUCAAGAGGAAAGAAGAGCAAGACCGAGCGAAGCCACAACGACAUCUCUUCCGCCUCCGACACAUGGGAUUGUGGACUAAACUGAGACCCGGCAUCUGGAAUUUUCUGGAGAAGGCUAAUGAGCUUUACGAGCUGCAUAUAUACACUCUGGGAAGCAGGCCGUACGCUACCGCGAUGGCAAAGCUGCUUGACCCGACCGGGUCUUUGUUUGGCGGGCGUGUCAUGUCGGGGAGAGACGAUGGUGAUAGAAUGGUCUCCCAGCGCAAAGAUCUGAAAGGGGUUUUAGGACUGGAAUGUGCCGCGGUGAUCAUGGACGACACUCCGAGUGUGUGGCCGAGUAGCCAACCCAACUUGAUUGCUGUAGAGAGAUAUCAUUUCUUCCCAAGCAGCAGACGCAAAUUUGGAGUUCCCGGGCCUUCUCUUCUGGAAAUGGAUCGUGACGAGAGGGAGGAAGACGGCACUCUUGCGUCUUCUUUGGCGAUCAUCCAGCGAAUUCACGACGACUUCUUCUCGCGUCACGCGGACGGUGAUUUUAGAAAGCUACUGUUACGAAGCUAAAGGACUGAGCUUCGCCACCGGAAAAGCGUUGUGUUUCGUUGAGCUGUCUCGCUCCCAACAAGCAGUUGGCACGUUCGCCGCCUCCGAUUAGGAGGAGUGAAAUGACACACCCAAGGAGGUGCGUCGGAUCCAUGUAAAUAAAAGCAUUACAAAACGUGAAUAAAU